AUGUAUAGACUGCGUGAAAUCAGGCUUAAUAGCGUCUAUCAUGUUUUGCUUUAUAGAACAAUUGAGCCACACUGCUUUGAUACUUCUGGAACUGUCAGAGAAUCCUGCCCAUCACCACCUGCCUUGGAAAAUGGAUAUGUUCAAGACGCUGAUUCAUCCUAUCCUGUGGGGAAAAGCAUCCAUUAUGCUUGCAACACUGGAUACAUAAUUGUAGGAAACCCAGUUGCCACCUGUGCUGAAGGCUUGAAAUGGACUAUUGGAGCAAUCAGCUGCCAGAAAACGGCUUGUCUUUUUCCAAGGUUUGAAGGGCAACUAAGAGGAAAUCCACUGAAGCCUUCCUAUCAGAUUGGAGAGAAAAUUCAGCUGUCAUGCCCAAACAACAUGCAGCUAGUAGGAUCAGCUCUUCUUCUAUGUGAACCUAGUCUGAAAUGGUCUCCUGACUUUGCUGAAAUCCAUUGCAGAAAACAAGUUGCCCCUCCAGUAACACAUCCAACAGUGAUUCAGUGCCAACCCUGGGAGAGAGUUUUUGAGACUCGGUGUGUGUGUAAGUUGCCAAACGAAUGCAGGUGAGUGGAUUUAACAGAUUUGCCAUUUCUGUUCAAUUGAAUUUCUAAAUGUGUGAGUCCUGGGUGAAUUAAAGAGCUUUUUUUUUGCAAUCUGUUUU